AUGACCCCCAACCCAGGCCAAGACACCUCAUCCAACCCACUACCCUCCUUCCCCGAUACCUCGACCCACGAGAGACCGCAAAACGGGGUCAACAAGAGACAGAGACAGAGAGAGGGACACUACUCUUCUACACGCUCAUACAGCCAGAGACAGCUCGAUCGGAUGGCCCGCGUGCAGGCCGAGCUGCAGAAGGUCAAGGAGGAGUGUGAGGCGCUGGAAUUGUAUGUUUGGCAGUUGGAGGGGGAGAGGGAAUGGCUGAGGGGGGUUCUGGGGGAGAUUAUGAGGGAGACUCUGAAGGGGGAGUAG